AUGGGAAUAACAGAUUUUUAUAAAGCUACAAGGACAUCAAGUUCUGAGAAAAGAUCAGAUGUAAAUACUGAUAAUCUUAGUAAUUAUGAAACUUCAGGUGAUGAAUUGGAAGCAGGUGUUCAAUUAGAUCAAAAUGUUAAAAGUAUCGGUGUCAUUUCAGCUACUUUCCUUAUUAUUAAUAGAUGUAUUGGUGCUGGUAUUUUCGCAACUGGUGCCUCAAUUUAUAAUUUUUCAGGAAGUGUUGGUGCUUCUUUAAUGUUAUGGGUUGCAGGUACUAUCAUUGCCUUUUCUGGUUUAUUAGUUUAUUUGGAAUUUGGUUCUGUUUUAACUAGAAAUGGGUCUGAAGUUGUUUAUCUUCAACAUAUUUAUAAAAAACCAAACUUUUUAGUUAUUAGUGCUUAUGCUGUUUAUGCCCUUACUAUGCCUUGGACUGCUGGUAAUAGUAUUGUUACUGGGGAAUAUAUUUUAACUGCUGCCGGUAAAGAAGUAACUCAAUGGAAUUCAAGAGGUAUUGCUUUAGCAGUUGUUACUUUUGCAUUUGCUAUUAAUGCUUUUAAUGCUAAGAUUGGUUUAUGGGUUGCCAAUACUUUGGGUUCAUUUAAAAUUAUCAUUAUUGCUUUCAUUAUCAUUACUGGUUGGGUAGGUCUUGGUAAUGGUAUCAAGAGUAAAAAUUUCCAUCCAACUCAUAAUUUCUCAAAUGCUUUUGAAGGGGAAACUCCAACUGGUUAUGGUAUUGUUAAUGCUUUAUAUAAUGUCAUUUGGUCUUAUGUUGGUUAUUCAAACGCUUCUUAUGCUCUUGGUGAAGUUAAAAACCCACAAAAGGUUCUUAAAGUUGCUGCACCAUCUGCUUUUAUUGGUAUUGCCAUUGCUUAUAUGUUGGUUAACAUUGCCUACUAUGCCGUUGUUCCAACUGAAGUUAUUUCUACUUCCAAGAGAAUUUUAGUUUCUGAAUUUUUCUAUUAUGCUUUUGGUACUAAUGCCAGUAAAGCUGCUUCUGUUUUCGUUGCUUUAUCAGCUUGGGGUAAUGUCAUGUCUGUUAUUUUCGCUCAAGGUAGAAUUAUCACUCAAUUGGGUAGACAAUCUGUUAUUCCAUUCUCAAGAUUUUUCGGAAGCAGUAGACCUUUCAAUACUCCAUUCACUGGUUUACUUGAACAUUGGAUCAUUGGUGUUAUUUUCAUUUGUGCCGUUCCACCAGGUGAUUCUUAUAAUUUCAUUCUUAACUUGGUUUCUUAUCCAUUGAAUGUUAUCAAUAGUUUCUUGGGUGCUGGUUUAAUUUGGAUUUACAUUAGAAAACGUCAAGGUAAAUUUGAAUGGAAUGCUCCAAUUAAAGCCACUUUACCAGUUACAAUUUUCUUUUUCUUGUCAUCAUUAUAUCUUGUUAUUGCUCCAUAUGUUCCACCAAGUGAAGGUCAAUCAGUUUAUGAAAAACUUCCAUAUUGGUUACAUGCAGUUGUUGCCUGGGGUAUUUUCGGACUUGGUGGUAUUUAUUGGGCUAUUUGGACUCAAUUAUUACCUCGUAUUGGUGGUUAUAAAUUGGUUGAAAAAGAAGUUCUUGGAGAUGAUGGAUUCUGGAGAAAUAAAGUAUACAAAGUUUCAAAAGAUAGUUCAGAAGACGAAAUUCAAGAACAAAUUGAAGCUGAAAUUGCAGCUGAUAAGGAUAUCAAACAUUAA